GACCGCGGCGCCUGGGGACGCCGGCGCGCUCCGCUCUCCAGGUGCUCCGCCUGGAAAUGUCUCCAUUAGUUGUCGCUUGCUCCCCGCCGGAGCGCGCGCGCCCAGCGGCCGCGCAGAGCCCUAGCGGGCAGCCAGGAGUGGCCCGGCUCCACUGCAGGUAGGCAAGGUCCCCGCGCCCGCCCCCUCCCGGGGUUCCAAGACCCCUCCCUCCCCCAUUUCGAGGAGGCGGAGGAGGCAGAGGCUCCGCACGGCCGCCGAGGGGCGCGGGCGGCGGCGGCGACGGCGGCGGCGGCGACUCCCCGGUGCGUCCCGCCCGGGCUGCGCGCUGCUCCCGGAGGCCCUGGCGCCCAAGCGGCACAGGCCUGCUCUUUCCUAGCGCAGAGCCUAGGAUCCUACAGCUCCGCAGCAAGAGCCCACGCCGCGCACAGGACCCCAACGGCCCCUCCGACCUUCUUAGGCUGCGCCCGCCAUGUCCUACCCGCAGUUUGGAUACCCCUAUUCCUCUGCUCCUCAGUUCCUGAUGACCACCAACUCCCUGAGCACGUGCUGCGAGUCGGGUGGCCGCACACUGGCUGAUUCUGGGCCUGCAGCCUCCGCACAGGCGCCCGUCUACUGCCCUGUCUACGAGAGCCGGCUGCUGGCCACUGCACGCCACGAACUCAAUUCUGCCGCCGCGCUCGGCGUCUACGGGAGCCCCUACGGCAGCUCGCAGGGCUAUGGCAACUACGUGACCUACGGCUCUGAGGCAUCUGCUUUCUACUCGCUGAACAGCUUCGAGUCCAAGGAUGGUACAGGAUCUUCACACGCUGGCCUACCACCCACUGCAGCUGCAGCCUACUACCCCUAUGAGCCAGCUCUGGGCCAGUACCCAUAUGACAGGUAUGGGACCGUGGACAGCGGCACGCGGCGCAAGAAUGCCACCCGGGAGACCACCAGCACGCUGAAGGCCUGGCUGCAGGAGCACCGGAAGAACCCGUACCCCACUAAAGGAGAGAAGAUCAUGCUGGCCAUCAUCACCAAGAUGACCCUCACACAGGUCUCCACCUGGUUCGCCAACGCACGCCGGCGCCUCAAGAAGGAGAACAAGAUGACCUGGCCACCUAGAAAUAAAUGUGCAGAUGAGAAGCGCCCCUACGGGGAGGGCGAGGAGGAGGAGGCUGGAGAGGAGGAGUCACGGGAGGAGCCUCUCAAGAGUGCCAAGAGUGAAGGUCCUGCUGGCAAAGACGACAAGGAGCUAGAACUCAGUGACUUGGAAGAUUUCGACCCUCUAGAUGCAGAGGCCUCAGAGUGUGAUCUGAAGACGCCCUUCCAGCCCCUGGAUAGUGGACCAGAGAGGAUUCCUGCUUCAUCUGACGGUCCGGGCACAGGCAAGGAGGCCUCCGCCACACUCCGGAUGCCCCUGGGCACCGCUGGUGGAGCUGUUAUGGAUGGAGAUCUGGAGAGGGCAAGGAACUGCCUUCGGAGCACAGUGGUCCCUCCCGACUCUGGCGCCGAUGGCGGCCCACCUGCCUGCGAAGCCAAACUGACCUUUGCUCCGGCGGGAGCGCCGCCGAACCUGGAGACCAAGCCCCGCAUCUGGUCCUUGGCGCACACAGCCACCGCUGCUGCUGCAGCCACAGCUCUGAGCCAGACUGAAUUUCCCUCCUGCAUGCUGAAACGCCAAGGUCCAGCGGGUGCAUCCGCGGCAACGCCUGUGUCCUCACCUGCAGUCACGGCCCCUUCUGGGGCUCUGGAUAGGCACCAGGACUCCCCAGUAACUAGCCUCAGAAACUGGGUGGAUGGGGUAUUUCACGAUCCCAUCCUUAGACACAGCACUUUGAACCAGGCCUGGGCCACCGCUAAGGGCGCACUUUUGGAUCCCGGCCCUCUAGGACGCAAUCUGGGGGCGGGUACCAACGUACUGACGACGCCCCUGGCUUGCUCCUUCCCGCCCACGGUGCCCCAAGACGUCCCACCUGCUGGGGCCUCCCGGGAGCUGCUGGCUACGCCCAAGGCCGGUGGCAAACCCUUCUGCACCUAACACCCACCUGCACAGUGGAGAAGGGAACUGGCGCUCAGGCUUCAGGCGCUGACUCUGGACUGUUUUUAAUGGGUUUCCAAAAGAAGGGGCAUUUCCAAGCCAAGGAUGCCAACCCACCUGAGACAGGAUCUGAACUCAACCUCCAGGGUAUGGAGGAACCCCUCGCGUUCUAUCACUAGGUUUCCACCUGAUCUUGCGUCCACCUGAGCCAUCCCUGAACUCCAGGAAGACGAGAAGACUGGAGAGCACAGCCAGCCGGAGGGGAGGCCCCCUGAAGCAUAGUUUACUUCCAAAGUUUACAUGGAGAAGGUAUUUGGGUUCUGAGGCUUGUUAUGUGUCACUGUCUCCUUCUGGGUUUGAGGCAUGCCGGUGUUCCUGCGAAGACGCCUCAGCCCGCUUUUCUUCGGACUUCAUCCUCAGCACGUAGAGCUCACCGCCAACACUUCCACCGAGUUUACACUGUUGCACACUCUUGACUCGACAAAAUUAUGUUUUCUAAAAUGUAUAUUCACGCCAAUAAUUGCCUGUUUCAGAGAGAGGCUAAUACAACAAAAACUAAUAAAUUCUCGUGUUUGCAUUGCGGAAGGAACACAUUUCACAGCUGGGGCUGGCUCCACAGGUGUGCCUGGAAGCAGUGAUGCUGACCCCCAGGGAAAGAAAGAGUAGGCAGGCUGACCACAUUCCACCCUAAUAAAGUAGUUGCCCAUCCA